AUGUUCUAUUACCCUAACGUGCUUCAGCGGCACACGGGCUGCUUCUCCACCAUCUGGCUGGCAGCUACCCGCGGCAGCCGCUUGGUGAAGCGGGAGUACCUGAAAGUGAAUGUGGUAAAGACCUGUGAGGAAAUCCUCGAUUACGUGAUGGUUCGCGUGGAGCCCCCACGACCUGGCCUACCGCGGCCCCGCUUCUCCCUCUAUCUCUCAGCCCAGCUACAGAUUGGUGUGAUCCGAGUAUACUCCCAACAAUGCCAGUACCUCGUAGAAGACAUCCAGCAUAUCCUGGAGCGCCUGCAUCGUGCCCAGCUGCAGAUCCGCAUAGAUAUGGUGGAGCCAGAACUACCCAGCCUGCUGCUGCCUAGCCACCUGGCUAUGAUGGAGACCCUGGAAGAUGCUCCUGACCCCUUUUUUGGGAUGAUGUCUGUGGAGCCUCAACUUCCCAGCCCCUUUGAGAUCCCUCAGAUUCGACACCUCUUAGAGGCUGUGACCCUAGAGAGAGUUCUUGAGGAGGCGCCUCCGGAAGUCCCUACAGAGCCCCGGAAGCCAGACAGGAUGCCGGGUAUUGUGGUCUCUCCUGAGGCCAUCACCCUCAAGGAGGCAGAACCCAUACACGUGCUGCCGAUCGAGGGUGAAAAGGACCUCCCCGAGGUCAGCCGUCGAGACCUUGACCUGCUGAUAGCUGAGGAAGAUGAAGCAAUCUUGUUAGAGGAGCGUCGGCGUGCCAGGCCUCUCCCACCAGGUAGGGCACGCCCAGCGCUGGAUGAAACCAAGGAAGAGCCCCGGGUCCCAGAGGGUGAAAUCACAGUUCCCCCACCCUUGUCUCCAGCUCCUGAACAGGUGGAAGUGGCAGCAGAGCCACUUCCAGGCCUGGUGGUAAGCCCUGAGGAGCUGAAGCGUGUACCCUGGGAGCCAAAGGCUCUACCCACUGAGGUGACCCCACCCCAGGAGCUGCGUCUGCCAGUGCAACCAAGUCCAGAACGGAAGAGGCCUCCAGUCUUCCCACCUCCUCGACGUCGCCGCCGCCGCCAGUUACUGUUCUGGGACAAGGAGACUCAGAUCUCCCGGGAGAAAUUCCAGGAACAACUGCAAACUAAAGCCCAUUGCUGGGAAUGUCCCAUGGUGCAGCCCCCUGAGAGGAUGACCAUGAGCCCUCCGGAGCUGUUCCAAACUCCAACUCGCCCUGGCUGGCUACCCCCAGAACUACUGGCUCUCUGGACUCACUCUGCCCAGCCUCCCCCAAGAGUGCCUAGACGCAGGCCACCCCGUACACUUGAAGAGGAGGCUGCUGAAAGGGUCAUAGCAGCUGAGGAGGAAAGAAGAAGGGCUGAAAUUCUGAGUGAUAUUGAGGUCCUGAGGGAGGCUCAGGAGCCCAGCGGUCCCCUCAUGCUGUCUUCAGAGCUCUCCCUAGAAGCUGCUGAGGAGGAGAAGUCCCGCAUCAGCCUCAUCCCACCGGAAGAGCGGUGGGCUUGGGCUGAGGCAGAGCAGCCAGAGCCCCCUGCGUUGCCUGUGGUCCCCGAACUCCCUGAGGUGCCCAUGGAGAUGCCUUUGGAGCUGCCCCCAGAGCCUGAGCUGUUCUCGCUGGAAGCUGUGCAUAGGGCAGUAGCACUAGAGCUGCAGGCCAACAGGGAGCCGGACUUCAGCAGCCUGGUGCCACCUCUCAGCUCCCGCAGGACGGCUGCCCGGGUUUUCUACAUGCUCCUGGUGCUCUCAGCACAGCAGAUCCUUUCUGUGAAACAAGAGCAGCCAUAUGGACGCCUCUUGAUCCAGCCAGGGCCCCGAUUCCACAGUGGUUAA